GUAAUCAUGGGAAAGCAAACCUUACUCAUCUCACUGGAGAAUGCCUAACCAAUUCCUCAGAUGGCCGAUGAAGCCAAAAGCAUGGAAUUUUUUUUGCUUUACUUCAUCAAUUGUUGGACUGUUCUGUUAUGCUCUCAGUUCUUCUUUCAAUCAUCUAUUAGGAAAACGGAAACUGUGGAAGUUAUUACUUUAUAUUGUUUUCAGUUUCAUCAUUUGCCUUGCUAUCUUGUUUGCAAAGGUAUGGCAACGCUCCCCUAGUCUUCAACUUAAAGCUCAUUUGGCAUUUCUAGUUUUGAUCAUCACCUCUGUGUACUCUUUCUUCUUUGAUAAACUUUUGAAUGGGAAGCCAGAUGCAUAUAGCUUAAUUUCAUGUGCCGCUUUUGCUAUCAUGUCACUUUGCUUAUCAAGGCAAAUUCACUACGGAUUUGAGGUGGAUCUCCUAUAUUUUUUCAGUGGAUGUCUAAUAAUACAACUCAUGAUGAUAAAAUUAUUCUUGGUGCUUGCUGGAGCAGGUUUUACUUAUUCCCUCAUAAUCAUUCGUUCCUAUUUGGAUGCCCCAAUAGAAAGUGGUCAUUUUAGUUUGCUUGUCCAAGAUCAAGUAGUCAUAGAAGUUGAUUUACAUCCACCACAAACAAACACCGAUAGUGCUGUUCAAGUGGAUUCAUCUCAUGCCAAUAGAAGCACUACAAAUGCUCAUUUUAUGAUGCCGCAAGUCCCAAAAGAAAAUGGAGAUCUAGGAUUCCAAGACCACAUAGUAACUCCAGUGGAUUCACAUUCAAAACAAGGAAACAGUGACAGCGUUCUUAUCAUGUCACAGCUCAUGAGAUGUAUAGAAGCACUAAAGAAGGAGAAUAGGAACCUCUUCCGCAUGAUUUCCAAGCAUGUGGAGGAAUACCUCAAAGCCAAACUUGACUUCGAAGAUGAAGAUCACAUUUCUGUGAUGCAGCUAUAUGUAGACAACAACGUGGUGAUUGACGCGUUACCGUCGAGAAUUGUCAACAACCUUCACGAAACGGUGAAGCUCAUGGUGGAAGCGGGGUUAGAGAAAAAGUGCUGCCGCGUGUACAGCAGAUGCCGGAGGAAAUUUUUGAAAGAGUGGUUAUCAAGAUUUAGGUUGCAUGAGAUGAACAUGAACGGCGUUGACAAAAUGGAAAAGAUCGAGAAAUGGAUAAAAGCAUUGAAUGUAGCUGUGAAGAUACUAUUUCCUAAUGAAAAGAAACUCUGCGAUCGUGUCUUCUUUGGCUUCUCUUCUGCUACAGAUACAUCUCUCAUUGAGGUUUGCACUAAAUUAACUAUUCGUCUAUUGAGUUUUAUCGAUACUUUUGCAACUGAAAGGCAUUCGCUGAGUCUUUUGUCUUCCAUUAUACCCAAAGUGUUCAAGACACUACGUGACCUCAUUCCAGAGUUUGAAUCCUUGUUUUCUGAUCCAUAUAGUGUUUCGCUUAGACAUGUACGCAUGUUUUGGGGGAUAUUGCCCUUGAAGAUGGAGUUUAACAAUCUUAUUUCUCGUGAUAUGGCACAAGAGGGAGUUCUUGAUGGCAGAGUUCAGCGAAUUACCAUCGAAGUUAUGGACCGUCUCUAUGAGUUAUCUAGAAAAUUAACUGUUGAGAAACAGAUGAAGUCGCCUUUAGUUUCACUCCAUAUGGCUUCGUUUAUAUGUAUGUUAGAGAGUAAUUUGGAAGCCAAGUCCAAAACUUACACGGACCCUGCUAUGGGCUAUGUUUACAUGAUGAAUAAUCUGAGGUGCAUAGAACAGAUUGCAAGACAGCGUGAAUUGAAAAACAUUUUGGGUGAUGAUUGGUUCCCAAAAACUAAGGAAAAAAUCCAAAAAAGCCUUGAACUUUAUCAAUUAAGCUCGUGGAAUAAGGUGCUGAACAUUUUGAAAUUAGAUAACGAGUUAGUGGUGCCUAGUGUUGUAGCAGAGUUAAUGAAAAUAAAGCUUAGUUUAUUCAACUUGCAUUUUGAGGAGAUUUGUAACAUUCAGUCUACUUGGUCAGUUUUUGAUGAACAGUUAAGGGAACAAAUAAUAAUAUUACUGGAAAGCACCUUAUUGCCAGCAUAUGGAAAGUUCAUUGAGAGGAUCUGCGAUGUUCUUGGUAAGCAUGCUGAUGAGUAUAUUGAGUAUGGGAUGCUUCACAUUCAAGAUCGACUUAACCAUUUGUUUCUUAUAAGCGAGCCCGUGAAUCUACUGCACAAGAUUUGGAAAGAGGAUAUUGAUUUUGCACUGAGGACGACUUCUGAGUCCUUGAGAAUGACAUUCACAAAGUAGACUACAUUUCAAGAAUGAAACAUGUUUCAGUAAAUUAGCAAAUAUUUUAACAUUAUGUUAUCAGUCUAGAUACCACGAGUUCAUUUUUCAAAUAGAAACUAUAUUAGUAUGUUUUAGGAAUAAGACUUAAGAUUAGCAUAUAUGACUUCAAAGUUCCCGUUUAUCCACAUAUGUAAAGCAGAAGUUCUAUAUAACUUUUGGGUUAAUUGAAA